UGAGCCCAGACGCUGUUAGGACAGAGAGCUGGACAGCAGUACGUUGUUUUUAGUUGGUUGUCUGACUUUUGUUUGUGUUACUACCGAUUCGUAUUAACACAAAUAGCAGGAGGCGCUGCAGGGGGAGUGUGUGGCGCAGGUGUGCAUUUCAAGGUUAAUCUGCUGCACUGGGGGUACGGGUAUGUGUGUUUUUACUUCUGCUGUUUUGAGUUCGUUUAUAGGUAAUGCAAACCGCUUUUCUAAUAAUAAAUGUUCUUUUAAACGUUGACAACGCUGUGCUGUCGGGUAAAACGAUUCAAGGAAGCACGCAAACGUUCUCCAGCCUUGAAGACACACAUGAACAAUGUAACUCACGAUUUCUUUACAGACUCACACCGGACCCUCCUCCACACAGUUAUGUAGUAACUCAGUCUCUAAACCAUUUUUGCAAGCUUGUCAACCUCGAACAACAUUUUGGACUCAAUAACCCACUAGACGAGGAGCCCCCAUUUGGAGAGACCACUCGCCCCCAUGAGAUCUAUAUUUGAGCUAUUUCAGAAUGCUCCUCAGUAGUCAAUACUCUCUGGUCUUGAAGCAGCUAACAUAACCCAAUACUUUCACCUUGAAUUUGCAAGCCCAACACUGAACUGGCACAGAGCAGGUGUUGCCCAGUCUUCUGUUGCUUGGUUACAAUCUAUUAGCAGACGAUAGUAUACAAGCAGGAUUGUUUGUAAAAUGCAACAUUGAUGCACCACAGCAGCACAGACUUAGCCCUGUAGCAAUCACAAUGGCUUCACAGAAUAUUUUAAGGGACCGUGUGAUGAACACCGUAUGAUUGUUUUGAUCAUCAGAAUUCUAAGGUAAAAAAAAGAACACUGCAGUGCCACGUUUUAAAGAAUGGAGAAGAUAGAUGUCACACAUUAAGAUGAAUACAAGACGACAGAGGCAUGGCUAGUGUCGCCUUCUGCGUAUCAUUUACUGUUUGAUCCUGGUAUUCGUGAACUUUUCUCAAGGGAAAUAAAAUGAAAAAGAACAGUGUUCCCCAUCACAUUCGAAAUUUUUCCCUGAAUCAAGCUGGAGCGAAGCUGGGCGAGGGGGGGGACCUUUCUUGGAGGGCAGUGGAGUGUGCAUCUCUUUGGAAAGACCCAGUCCCUCAGAAGAGACUGGAGGACCGGGUCAGCUCUGAAAAAGCAGGGGCCUGCCUUAGAGCUUCCCUGAACCCAGGCAGGCCUUGCAGGAUAACCAGCAAAGCCGUCUCCCAGUCACCUACAAGGCCAAGCCUGGACAGCAGCUCGGCCCUUCAGACUCAAAGGAAGGUCCGCAAGAUCUGCGUUGACCUUCGACCUGCCUUAGCAGCCGCCAACAAGCUGUGUGACUCUGAAGAGGUCAACAGGGAACCCACUGAGGGCGAGGGGGGGGAGCUGUCCUGGAAGGCAGUGGGGUGUACAGCUCUUUGGAAAGAAACAGCUCCUCAGAAGAGACUGGAGGACCGGGUCAGCACUGAAAAAGCAGGGGCCUGCCUUAGAGCUUCCCUGAACCCAGGCAAGCCUGGCGGGACAAACAGCAAAGCCAUCUCCCAGUCACCUACAAGGCCAAGCCUGGACAGCAGCUCGGCCCUUCAGACUCAAAGGAAGGUCCGCAAGAUCUUCGUUGACCUUCGACCUGCCUUAGCAGCCGCCACUGAGCUGUGUGACUCUGAAGAGGUCAACUGGGAGAGAGGGGUACCAAGGAUGAGCUACCCCAGAGCAGGGGCUGAAUCGCCUGACAAAGCGGCUUCUCAUCACAGCUUCAGUUCUGAGAGAGAGGAGGCUGUCCGGAUGCUCAGAGCAGCUUUGCCUCCUGUGGCAAGGCGGACUGCUUGCGUGCCGCUGGAUCCCCCAGACACCGGGAUCCACCCCUUUGUAGGCUUGGUUAGUGUCUCAGGGGACGGCACCCUGGCCAGCUCCUCCAAUCACAGCAUGGCUCCCAAGUCACCAGUUUCCUUUCCAAAGAUUAUCCUGAAGCAAAGCAACCAGCAAACCAAAAAGAUCACAGAAACAAAGCAGGCUGUGUCGCUUCCCCUCGCCCCAGUCUCUCUGAAGCAGCUGUUGGGGCGAGUGCAGAACCCCCCCUCCAGCACAGACCACCUCCUCCUGGCUGGGGUUCUGCGCGCACUUCGGGGGGCGCUCUGGAACCCAGCGCUGCCCCAAGAGGUGGCCCAUACAGCAGAAUCAGCCAGCCCAUUUCAGACAGAGCUGAGUAGAAAGGGCUAUCCCUACCACGGAACAAAAUCCCCUCUGGAGACUACAGCCAAACCCGAGGCUGCUGCGCAGGGACCCGCUGGGAAACCAGCGGCUGUCAAAUUCAAUCUGUACAAGAGGAGACCUGCAGGGAGAACAGUGCAAGCACAGAGCCUCAUUUAAAAGGAGCACGAGCAAGGUUUUCAAAUCCAUUCACUUAUUAGCACUUGCAAUAUUAUCACGAAUAUCUCUUCUGUUGAAAAUAUUUUGGUUCUUUGCCUGUUUUUUAUACUUUGUGAUAUAAAAAAGUUGUUUACAGCAAAUGUAAUAGGAUAACCAGUGGGGUUGUAAUCCGAAUGAGAAACCUGUCAAUUGUGACAUUAUUCUUGUUGUGUUCUUGUAUACAGAGCAGAACAUCAGCAACACCUUCAUCUGAUUUGUUGCAUUAUACUACUAAUCAGACAUGUUGAAACUCCACUAAAUAAACAAUGUAUUACUUGCUUUCAAAAGCAGGGGAUUUCUAUUUAAAGACAAGUCUAACUUGCUUUCUGUAUUCAGCUUGCUUACAUUUGCCAUGUGAAUAGAUAGGCUAUCAAACAGGCUGAAUACACCCAGUUCAGUUGUUAUCCACAGUCCCACCAGUUACACAGAUUUAAUGAUCUCAAAGCUCUAGAGACGCCUUCAGGUUUGCAUAAAAUAAGUGAUCAAAGAUUGCAUAUCUCACAGUUAACAGGCAGUUAAAAUAGAUUCCCAGUUUGCAAUUGGGAGUUAUUUUGAGGGGUGGAAAGUAAUGAAAUCGAACAUCUAACAGGAGGAAAAUCUACCCAGGACUGGCCGAGCAGCAUCUACAGAGGACUGUAAACAAAAAACACAUGAGUCUCUUGUUUAGAAAGAUACAGGGUAUUAAUGCUUGUGACAGGGUAGCCAUCUGCCAUGUGGGUGCGUGCAUUCGCUGCGGAGUGACAGGCAGGAGAUCAAGACUGAAGUUGAAGUUGAUACGCCCCCCGCAGGCGAACAGGAUUUAUUUAUAUUUCAAGUCAACACACUGAACAGCUCACGUGACACUACCAGCAAUGGUAGCACACAGAGUACAUACAACACAGUGUACGAAAACUUUGGUGGGAUCUACAAUCUCUGAACUAAUCUUCUCCGUUCAAUAAUAAACGAACUCCGACUAUGCGCCCGGCUGUCUGUGGUUUUGACUUGCUUUCUCACUCUUCAGUAUCCAACCCUGGUUCUGGUUCUCUCUCACUCACACACACACUGUGCUGAAGAGCUUGAUCAUGGUGGUGAAACAGUUAGGGCGGAUACAUGAAGGAUUACUGUAAUAAAUAUCAACAGCAAUUCUGGUCUUGAAACAUUUUCAAACAUGGUUUUGAUUUUUGAAUUCCAAAGUUGGCCCUUCCAGUCUGUUCCAAUCCUGAUCUAAAAUGUUUAAAUGAACCAAUUAAACCUCCACGCAAACGAUAGCGUCGUUCAUGAUCUCAUGUUGCCUGUUAAACGUGGAGUGGAGUGGCCCUCUAGGACUGUGAUUGAACACUCCUGUUCUAAUGUAAUGCAUUUCAUUUUAACAGGUUUUCUGAUCCAGUCAGUAUUGUGAAAUUGGGAUGGAUAUAUAUUGCCUGCAGCACAUAAAGCAAAUCUUGCCAUUCUUUUGUAUACAUUCGCUGACUAAUGAGACAGUGUCCACAAUAAAAUAUCUUGCAUGUAACAAAUCUCAAAUGGGGAUGCUUUAUCAAUACAGGGAUACCUUGAUAUUUAGUGAGCAAGGAGUCCGAGCAUCCAGUACCAACCCUACUCCAUCUCUGACUUCACUAGAGCAUCCAGUACCAACCCUACCCCAUCUCUGACUUCACUAGAGCAUCCUGUACCAACCCUACCCCAUCUCUGACUUCACGAGAGCAUCCUGUACCAACCCUACCCCAUCUCUGACUUCACGAGAGCAUCCUGUACCAACCCUACCCCAUCUCUGACUUCACUAGAGCAUCCUGUACCAACCCUACCCCAUCUCUGACUUCACUAGAGCAUCCUGUACCAACCCUACCCCAUCUCUGACUUCACUAGAGCAUCCAGUACCAACCCUACCCCAUCUCUGACUUCACUAGAGCAUCCUGUACCAACCCUACCCCAUCUCUGACUUCACUAGAGCAUCCUGUACCAACCCUACCCCAUCUCUGACUUCACGAGAGCAUCCUGUACCAACCCUACCCCAUCUCUGACUUCACGAGAGCAUCCUGUACCAACCCUACCCCAUCUCUGACUUCAUUAGAGCAUCCUGUACCAACCCUACCCCAUCUCUGAUUUCAUUAGAGCAUCCUGUACCAACCCUACCCCAUCUCUGACUUCACUAGAGCAUCCUGUACCAACCCUACCCAUCUCUGACUUCAUUAGAGCAUCCUGUACCAACCCUACCCCAUCUCUGACUUCACUAGAGCAUCCUGUACCAACCCUACCCCAUCUCUGACUUCACUAGAGCAUUUUUUAAACACACACUUUGGGCCACAUUUAUCAGAGUCUUUAUACAAAAAUGCAUUUGAUAUUGUUUUCUUAAACUAAACUAGUAAAAACAUUGCAGAAGUUUGCAUGAGUUGUUAAUUACUACUUUUGUAACAUUAAAUGCGUGAUUUGGUGCAGAUGUCGUUUCUGUGGAAAGACAUUGAUAAAUCUGGCCUUGUACCUUCAUUAAAUGGAACAGAUUGCCCUUUGUUUCCAGUGCAUACCCCAGUGUCCUCCUGUCUACAGUACAUGCUGGACCGUGUGCUGGAGUGAGCUGUAGAUUGCUUGUUUUUUGUGCAUCAGUUUGUACUUGGUAGGGUCUGGAGCAAAAAUGUUGGGCUUGAAGUAAAUCUGAUAGUUUGUAUCAGAGUAUUUGACAAAUGAAUCCACCAGGGUCUUAAACAAUAGGACUAGACCCAAGGAAGAGGCAAAGCAAAU